CCUAAUUAUUGCGACUAUAAAAUAUUUUCGUCAAACAACUAUUGCUACUUCUUUUUUUUUUCUUUUCUUUUCUUUUGUUCUCUUCCGUUUACUUUUUAUUUUGAAUUGUUCAUGCGUAACACAUAGAACGACAUAGCCCUCUGCAGAGAAUUCUCUGCGUUUUCAACGCCAGAAUAUGAAGUCACCUUCAUCUUCUUCUUCUCCUUCUUCUUCUCGGGCUGUUUUGGUUGCUGAUUCCAAGAGUAAAAGAAGCUAUUGUUGUUCUUAUACCCUAUUUCCAGCAGCUUGUUUGAUAUGUCUUGGCCUGUUCUUCGCUUUUUCGUCCUUCUCGCAAGGCAACAGAGAGAAACUAACAAGCUGGAGUGUGAACACUCAGAAUCAAAAUGUGGACAGUCUGACUCAGAAAAUGGAAACUGAUAUAGUUAAGGAUAAAUGCAAGAACCAGUGCAGGCCUAGGGGAAGCGAGGCAUUACCUGCUGGUAUAGUGUCCAGUACUUCCAGCUUUGAAACGCGACCUCUAUGGGAUAUUCCUGCCGUAAGGAAGAAGCAUCAUCAGCGCAGACAAGUUAAUGAGGUAAACAUGACGAGAAACUUGUUUGCGAUGGCAGUGGGGAUAAAGCAGAAGGAUCUUGUGGACAAAAUGGUUGAAAAGUUUGUAGCAGCUAAUUUUACUAUGAUGCUCUUUCACUAUGAUGGUAUUGUCGACGAUUGGAAGGAAUUCGACUGGAAUGAUCAUGUCAUUCAUGUGGCAGUACUCAAUCAAGGCAAAUGGUGGUUCGCAAAGCGGUUCUUACACCCUGAUAUGGUUGAAGAAUAUGAUUACAUUUUCCUUUGGGAUGAGGACCUUGGAGUUGAAGAGUUCCACCCAGAUAAUUAUAUAUCUAUCAUUAAAAGUGAAGGGCUGGAGAUUUCACAACCAGCUCUUGAUCCUCAACUUUCUGAAGUUCAUCAUCAGAUAACUGUACGUAGUAAACGGACGAUCGUACACAGAAGGACAUACAAAACUGGAGGUUGUGAUUUGAGCAGCACUGCUCCUCCUUGUACCGGGUGGAUUGAAAUGAUGGCUCCUGUUUUCUCAAGAGCUGCAUGGCGUUGCGUUUGGUAUAUGAUCCAGAACGACUUGAUCCAUGCAUGGGGUCUUGAUAUGCAGCUCGGAUAUUGUGCUCAGGGUGACCGAACGAAAAAUGUUGGUGUUGUGGAUGCUGAAUACAUAAUUCACUACAAUCGUCCUACCCUUGGAGGAGCAGACAAGCCAAACGAUUCUUCUCAACCUCAAGAACAGGAUCAUAGACUUGAUGUGAGAAGACAGUCUUUCAGGGAAUUAGAUCUCUUUCAAAAACGUUGGAAAAAGGCAGUUGAAGAGGAUCCAUGUUGGGUUGAUCCAUUUCAUUAGCCAGUGAUGCAAUCAAAGUGGCACUAAAAAUUUUUAUGUAAAUUCUGCACAUAAAAAAAGACACGCCAUUCAUGUAAAGAGAAGAAAAUUCAAUUGGAUACAGGUAAAUUAAAGUGUUCAUAGUGAGAAUUCCUAGAGGAAUCUCUCUGGUAAUUUGAUCUUAAAUUAUAAUUUAAGCUAGGUGCAUUAUAUGGGAUAUUUAGUUCGUUCCAUUUUUAAUCAGCGUUUUUUAAGAUGAAAUAAAUAAUAAGGGAAGGCACCCAAUGAUGAUGGGUAAGAAGUUUGGAAUAUUGAUGAAGUCCUUGAGGAAACAUCUUUUGAAUUUUAAUUUCAGAAAAGGAAUAGAUGGAUUCAUGAUCUUUAUUA